UACUAUACAACAAACAUUAUUCAAUCGGCUGGUGUCACCGACAAGCAUGCUACAAUAUGGAUUUCGGUCGGCACUGCAGCGGUCAAUGCUUUCGGAACGUUCAUUCCGAUAGCAUUAAUUGAACGUAUGGGACGUCGCAUCCUUUUUAUGAUCUCCAUGAUCUGUGUAAUUCUUUCACUUCUUGCAAUGGGCGGUGCAUUUAUUCUUAUUAACAAAGACUCGGCUCCGGCACUUCGUGAUCAAUCGUUCACGAACAUGUCGCAUCCAGAUCGUAUUGAGCAACGCUGUGAAUCGUACAGGUGA